CCUCACGUGACCAGGAGCCUAUGUCUGCCCAAGUCCUUCUCAUCCCGGUCCUUUUUGCCUGUCCAGACACCGUCUUUCUAUUAUCCUUUGGUCGAGAAGGAAAGCAGAAAAAAACUGCUUGAAGAAGAAAAUUCUCAACAUGGAAAACUCAUGCAAAGAAAAUGAAGAGCCACCGCAGACCACUCUAAAGAUCGAAGAAGAGCAGCCUCCUGUGGAGCAGUCUCUUGAAAAUCAGUGUUCUGAAGAGGACCAAUCCUCUGAGGAUCUGUCCUCAGAGGAGCAGUCCUCAGAGGAAGAGUUCUUUCCUGAAGAGCUUCUACCUGAGCUGCUGCCAGAGAUGCUGCUCUCUGAAGAUCGUCCUCCGCAGGAGUGCCUCUCAAGGAAGAACUUGUUCGAGGACCGUAUUCCCAUGGAGCAACCUCCCUGUGGGGUGGGCAAACACAAGCUAGAGGAGGGAAGUUUCAAAGAAAGGCUGGCCCGUUUCCGUCCUCAAUUUAGAGGAGACAUACAUGGCAGGAAUUUAAGUAAUGAAGAAAUGAUACAGGCAGCGGAUGAGUUGGAAGAGAUGAAAAGAGUGAGAAAUAAAUUGAUGGUAAUGCAUUGGAAGGCAAAACGGAGCCGUCCUUACCCUAUUUAAUGUGUCCCACCUUUUAUUGUUUUGCAUUGCUACCUGGACCCACUGUUUGCAUCUUCUCAUAUGCCAUUUCCCUUUGUUGUGAUUUUUGUGCAGUUUUAUUUCAGGUGUUUGACUUGUAACUGGCACAGGAUGUUUUUUUUUUUUUAAUCUUCUAAAAUCUGAGUAUGAUCCAUUUGCAUGGAAAGAUAUACAUUAUAUAUGUGUGGUGAUAAAAACAAAGGGUAUAUACAUAGCAUCCCAUUUUUGUAAAAGGAAACAUUUCUAUAUUAAUAUGCAAAGAAAAGCUAAAAACUAUGUACUUAAAGGCUAACUAAUAUUGGUUAUCUGUGUGGUAAAGAUAAUAGGUGAUUAUUAUAUUUUUAAAAUUUUGCUUUAUCUAAAGUCUCACAUUUCAUGAUGAACACAUUUUAUUUAUGUUGUACAACAAACAAUAUAAUGAAAAAUGUGAAGCAAUUCUAAAAAAGCAAAACAUGUUAAUCAGCUUAUAAAGACAAUGUGCUGCUUAAUAAAUAUUUAUCAGAACUUAAAAGUUAA